AUGAGCAAAAGGAAGCGACCAGACUCGAAAGUUCCUGCUCUGUCCAUGACCGAACAAGAGAAGAUCCUCUACAAUCUAAUCCUGAGCAAGCAAGACUUGGGCAUCUGGUCGAGGGACAUAAAGCGGGAGACUAGCCUCCCCGGCAACGUCGUUGACAAGUCUCUCAAGUCCCUCCGCAGCAAAGGCCUGAUCAAGGAGGUUGCCACUGUCCAGUCCAAGGGGCGAAAGCACUUCCUUGCCUCCGAGUUUGAGCCCUCCUCAGAGAUCACUGGUGGGAAGUGGUACAAUGAGGGGAGCCUCGAUACCGAGUUCAUCAACUUCCUCAAGGACCAGUGCCUGAAGCACAUCCGGAAUCUAAAGAUUGCGACAGUGGACACAGUCACGGACGCCGUUCGGAGGUCUAGGGUCCUGAAGGUAGACUACUCUAGUCAGGAUAUUGGGGACAUCGUCAGGGCAUUGGUUUUGGACAAUGACGUGAUCGAAAUGAGGAGCAAUGGACUGGGGGAGUUUGCUUCCAUCCCGACUGGUAGGAUGUGUUAUAAGUGUAGGAGGUCACCUGAUGCCACGAAGAAAUUGAGAGUUGGGGCGAUGGCUUCGAUACCUUGCGGGGUGUGCCCACAGAUAGCCCAUUGUAUGCCCGGAGGCAUCAUUUCUCCGAUGACUUGCGAGUACUAUAGUAAGUGGUUGGAUUUUUGAGCGAUGACCUUCUCUGGAUGUGUUGGUUGGCAUAAGAUAUAUCAGUGUUCUUCUAUUCGAAAGUCUUUGUCACUUGUAGAUAAUUUAUUUGUGUGGCUUGUUAGCAAACCUUUGCAUUGCAGCCCUGUAAAUACCUGCUAGUUUCUGAUAUAGAUGUAGAAAUAUUAUUACUUUCUUAUGUCAUCUAAAUACUACUUGUUAUUUUGACUGACUUGUAAGUGCUUUUUUCUUUAA